AAGACCGCGUCCACUCUCUUCCGAGCUAGCGCGUCGAAGAUUGUAUUUUAGGAUUUUGAGCCAGUCCGAGUCGGCUCGCUCGCCGCGCGACAGUUGUACAUACGUUAUUUAGCGAGACGAUCUUGUUAAUCGAGUUGCUGUUAACCACUGUGUGUCAAGGGGACGACGCCAGUCGACGCCAUGAUGGACGGAAUAUGUGACACCACCGACAUAUUAAAUAGCGUGCCUCCCAAGAAGACAAUUCACGCCGAUACCAUAGACCUCUCGGAUAAGUCCUUGCAGGUGGACAUCUCGGACGCUCUCAGCGAGAAGGACAAGGUCAAGUUCACUGUACAUACGAAAACCACCCUACCUGAAUUCCAAAAGCCGGACAAUCUGGUUGUCAGGCAGCACGAAGAGUUUGUGUGGCUCCACGAUCGAUUCGAGGAAAAUGAGGAGUACGCUGGUUACAUCAUUCCACCAUGUCCACCAAGGCCAGACUUUGACGCAUCUCGCGAAAAGUUACAAAAACUCGGCGAAGGUGAGGGAAACAUGACACGCGAAGAAUUUAAUAAGAUGAAGCAAGAAUUAGAAGCAGAAUACUUAGCCACAUUCAAAAAAACUGUUGCUAUGCACGAAAUGUUCUUGACUAGGCUGGCGCAUCAUCCAGUUUUUCGGAAUGAUCAUAAUCUGAGGGUAUUUUUAGAAUACGAUCAAGAUCUUUGUGUGCGAGGAAAGAAUAAGAUGGAAAUGUUUGGUGGUUUGGUGAAAUCGUUCUCGAAAACUACCGAUGAAUAUUACUUAUCGGCUACGGUAAAAGAUGUAAACGACUUCUUCGAUCAAGAAAUGACAUUCCUUCAAACUUAUCAUCAUAAUUUAAAAGAAGCAACGAGGUUGGCCGAUCGUCAAACAGCUAAACAUAAAGACGUAGCAGAUUCAUAUAUAAAGAUUUCCACUAAUCUUUUACAAUUAGCUACAACGGAUAAUGGAAAACUCGAGAGAUUUUUAACUAAAAUCGCCGAAACCUUCGAGAAGUUACGAAAAGUUGAAGGACGGGUAGCGUCAGAUGAAGAUUUAAAAUUAUCAGAUACCCUUCGUUAUUAUAUGAGAGAUACAGCUGCGGCUAAGAGGCUCCUUUUCAGAAGAUUAAAAGCUUUACACGAGUACGAGUCUGCGAAUCGUGCUCUUGAAAAAGCUCGUGCCAAAAACAAAGAUGUUCAUGCAGCACUGGAGGUUGCUGAGGCGGAACAAGCACAGACCGAAGCAUGUGAGAAAUUUGAACAGAUGUCUGAUAAAGGAAAAGAAGAAUUGUUGGAUUUCAAAACUAGACGAGUAGCUGCAUUUAAGAAGAAUCUCAUUGAACUAACAGAGCUCGAAAUAAAACAUGCUAAAUCGCACGCGGAAUUGCUCAAGAAAUGUUUAUCUGUACUUCGGGAAGAGUGAUCUAGCUUUAGCGUUGCCAUGGACAAAUCUACGUGCAUACAUCCUGUAUGCAGAUAACAGUUUAUUUAAGACUAAUAAUGUAAUGUAAUGGUACUGUAAAAUACUAUAUAUUUUUUGUUAUCUAAAUUUACUAGAUCUAUCAUGCUUUAAAAAUAAAGUAUUGUAUUAAUAGCUGCAAAGCGACUUCGAGAAAACUGAUAUUUACUAUUAUUGAGCUGUAAAAAGCUAUGUAAGCGCUACUAUAUUGGUUUUGCUUAAUAGAUAGUAAGAAACUGUGGUUUUUAUAAGAGUUUGGGUAAAAUACGUGUGUUAUGGGAAAAUAAUGCACAUUUGUAUUAUAAAAGUGGAUUAGGUGUUAUAUAUCGAGUCCCUUUGCAGCUUCGAAUUAAGAGCCUGUUAUACGUAUAAAAAGUAAGGUUCUCUAUAUUAACAAAUAUAUAUAUAUAGAAGAGAGAUAUAUAUAUACAUAUAUGUAUAAAUAAGAAUAUAUCCAUACGAGCAUGUUAUUACUAUAUUGCUUAAGUUUAGGGCAACUUUGUGAAGGAGGGAUUGCUAAUAUAAAAGCUCAGGAUGAUUAAAGUUAACAUAAACAAUUAGAUUUUCAUGUAUGAACUUUCCAAAUUUUUAUGACGAUACGCUAGUCCGACAAAUAAUUAUUCAUAAAUGCGUUUAUUUUAGAAUUAGGAAAUGAAACAAUGCAGCAAUGAUUAAGGGGACCUUGAAACGAUUUAUAAUAAAGUGCAAUUAUACUUUUCA